AUGACGACAAACUCCAGCAACCAAGGACAUCCACCAAGCCUUCCGGAAAUCAAGCGUUCGCGUGAUGGUCGUGACACUGAUAAUGAGAAGAAGUCGUCGUCAGCGUCAAGCAAGCCAAAAUCUAAAAGUCGUCGUGGACGAUCGAAAAGCAGCCACCGUAGCUCCUCUUCGUCCAAAGAAGAAGGUCGGAGAUCUUUCUCCCCUCACUCUUCCCCAAACUCACCCAAUAAAAGUCGUCGUCGAUCGAGCCACAGUCGAUCUUCCAAGUCCAAUACCACUCCUGAUUCCAAGACUGCUGCCAAAGAGAAGACGCGGAGGUUGGCGACUUCUCCUGGGGUAACAUAUGUUGCUUCGAGCUCAAGGCAUCGCCGCCAUGGCAAAGGCAGCAAGUCCUCCAAGAGCAGUCGCAGUGGUGGUGGUUCUAGGCACUCCACUCCAAGUUCUUCAACGAGGUCCAAUGGCAACAAACUCAAGCUGAUGGACGCGUAUGGAACCUGCAUCUCGGCUCCACCGCUUGUCCAUUCUACUACUCCUGGUGCCCGCCAAGAAUCGGGUUCUUCUGCUGGUGGACGCUCCAGAAAGUCUCCCAAGCUUGACAGAACUACUGAAGCUACUGCAGCUCCUGAUAUUGCUGAAAUCGAAGCUGCGGCUCUCCAGCGAGGGCGAGAGGAAGGAGAACGAAAUGCAAGAAAGCAGAAUCGAAGUUGGGUUGCAUCUCCGUCCAGUGAUGACAAUGCUGAUGCUGAAGGUACCAAUGAGAAGAAACUUUCCCGAAAGUACGUGGCGAUUGGUUUCAUUGCUCUCUUGGCGUUUGCUGGAGGAAUCAUUGCCUGGCAGCUUGUGCCGUCAUUGAGCAGCAAUGAUGAGGAUGUAACAACAGCAAAUGCUUUUGUUUCUCCUUCCGAAGAAGAUUGUCUUGCGAUAUCAAAGGGACAGGAAGUGGAGGGACAAGAUGAAACAAGAUCCAAAACGAUUGGAGCGGAAAUCGAUUUGGCAGUCGCCGCCAACAGUGAUCUUGACUUGCUGCAAAGGGAACUGGAAUCCAAAAUGCAGCAAGACAUUUUGCCACUCCUUGCUGGCUGCGAUACUGAAAGUAAUGUGGUGAUUGAAAACAACAAUUUUCUCAUUGAUAACGUAGUGCUCAAGUCGAUCUCAGCUGAUGUUCUUGCAGAAUGCCGUUUGAAUCCAGAAGGUCUCUGCUCCACUGUCUAUAUGGAGAUGGAGGUCUUUUCAUUCAAAAGCAAUGAUGUCGACGAUGAAUCCGUGCUGAAACAGAUCAAAGAUGUGUUUUUAGACAAAGGAGUCUUGGAUCUAUUGAAAUUGGCUUCACCUGUGGAAGAUAUUGGUUCUGCUACAUCAGUUUACAAAUUUGAGCCCAGUUUGAGUUUGGUCCCAACCUCAAGCCCAUCAACAAUGGAGGGUGACAUCAUUAUGGAUGAAGAUGACACGGGAAGAUGUGAAGCAAUUCGAAAUGGUGAAUCUUUGGAUGAAAAAAAUGAUCUUGCUUCUCAGAGCUAUGACGUCUUGUUGGAUGUUGUUGUAUUGGAAUCGGAUCCUCAAUUGACAUUGAUGACUGUUGAUCUUGAAAACAAACUACAGAGAAUCGUUGUUCCUUCGCUUGCUGGGUGUGAUGACGACCAAGACUCUUUGAUCAUCACAGGAAAAGCGGACGCCGAUGUUGUGCUCAACGAUGAGUGCUUGCCUGAUUCUGGAACAUUUUGUCAUCGCUUUGAAAUUCAUUUGGAAAUUUUCAUGGAGGGUACGGUAGCAACUGGUGAUUUUCUGCCGACGAUCCGCGAGGAAUUUCUUCAAUCAUCAUUGAUGGAGAGAUUGAGCCUCGUGUCUCCCUUUGAAAGAAUUGACUUUGUUGAUGUUCUGGCUCAAGCUCGUUCCACAAAUCCUUCUUCAAAUCCAACAACUGAAGCGCCUUCAAGCAUGCCAACUACUAUACCGUCUCAAAGUCCCAGCAGUAAACCAUCUUUCAUGCCUGUAGUUGAACCUACCUUGGAGCCUUCUUUGCUUCCGACGAUGCCGCCAACUCCUCAGCCAACUCCGGGACCAACUUUGUUUCCCACACGUCAACCCGCGACACCGCCACCAACUCCUCUUCCCACUCCCUUUCCGACACCUGGGCCGACUCCAUUACCGACACCUGGACCGACUCCAUUACCGACACCUGGAAGAACUCCCUUUCCCACAUCUGGACCAACUCCCUUUCCCACACCUGGACCAACGUCGUUUCCCACAUCUGGACCAACUCUGUUUCCAUCACUCCAACCCACAUCAUCGCCGACGAAGCCUUGUAUUGCAACAAACUCAGACCUUUUUGCAGCGCGUGACAGUUGGUUCGGAACAUCGUCGGAAAAAGCAACUGUCGAGAACGCAUACGGGUUGAUUGGCGAUUGGUGUUUUGAUUCAGGUGUGACAAGUAUGAGAGAACUUUUCCGAGAUCGCCCAACUUUCAAUGAAGACAUUUCCAAUUGGGACACCUCUGCUGUUACGGACAUGAUGUGGAUGUUCUAUAGGGCAAGAUCCUUCAAUCAAGACAUUUCCAAAUGGAACACUUCGGCUGUGACGAACAUGAGAUCAAUGUUCAAUAAAGCAUAUGUCUUCAAUCAAGACAUUUCCAAUUGGGACACUUCUGCUGUGACGGUUAUGGCACACAUGUUCUGGAGGACAAAUGCCUUCAAUCAAGACAUUUCCAAUUGGGACACUUCUGCUGUGACGAAUAUGGAAUACAUGUUCUAUGUGACAACAUCCUUCAAUCAAGACAUUUCCAAUUGGGAUACUUCAUCGGUGACACGUAUGGCUCGAAUGUUCUUUGCAGCAUCAUCCUUCAAUCAGAAUCUUUGUGCAUGGGGCCCACGCCUUUCGGGCAAUGUUGAUGUUGAUCGCAUGUUUCUCGAUGCAACUCAAUGCCCAUCAACAACCAAUCCAAACCUCUCUGCGAAUCCACGAGGUCCCUUUUGCCAUGUUUGUUAG